AGCUCGGUGCUCGAGAGCUCCGCGUCCCCGCGCGUUCACGUGGCCCACAGCCCCGCAGCCCGAGGCCACAGGAGCUCCACGGUGCCCAGCGGCCGGUGGCUGCUGCGGAGCCCCCGGCAGCCCCCGUCCGCAGGCCGCGCCGCGGUGCCGAGGGUCCGCGUGCCUCCGCCGCCGUCGCGCCGUUCGGGCGCCGCCCAAUCCCCUAGCCCCGGGGGGAAGCGCCAUGAUGCAGUUCCGGUUCGCGGCGGUGCGCCGCCCCCCCCCGUCGAGGAGCCCAGUCUCCGAGCAGGCCCCGCAGGUGCCUUGGGACGCCGGCAGCCUCACGGACGAGGGCGACGACGAGGGCUCUGGGGAUGAGGCCUCUCGCAAGCGAAGCAUCGGGCGGGGCGAGCGGGGCGAGUAGCUGCCCGCAGGACGCCAGCAGUUCCGUGGCCCAGCACCGCCACCGCCCCCCUCCGCUGGCCCCCGCUCAGGAAGUAGGCUUCUCCGACGAGGUUGAGGUCGACGAACUGGAGGAGUCUCCGGAGAGGUCGUUGUCGACGACGUUGGCGAAGUCGCUGUCGAAGUCGAGCCUGCGGAACUUGAAGCAGGCCGCCGCGGACUGGCUCGCGGACGAGCAGGACUCGCAGGCGACCUGCAGGAGCCUGCCCUUCACGGUUAUGCUUUAUUUCUCGUUUCUCUUGGUUCAGGUUUCGCACCGGGAUGUUGGAACGGUGUAUCCGAUAACGUCAUCGAUGACAUCGGCCAUGGCGACAGGCGUGCUUCCGACACCGAUGAGCGUGGACGAUGACACACGAUCUGCAGUAAGUUUGACAGACGUGCGGUCUUGGGGGGACACCCUGGUGUACCUUGAGAACACGGUCGUGCCGUUUCUGUGGGUCGAGGAAGAUGCCGCGCCAGGCCUCGUGAUGGGCGUGAACCAGCUGUUAGGAGGCGUCCGAUUGCAGCAGUGGCGCCUUGAGUCCGUCGAGUGCAUGGGGGCCCAGCUGCUGAAGGACACGUACAGCAGCUUCCUCAGCUCCAGAUUCGGUCGCAGCUGCAGGUCCACAGACUCGGAAUAUCAAACGUCUAACAUUGUAGCGCCGUCGGAUGCACAAGACGGCGACACGGCGGUGCAAGGCGCAAACGCUGACGCUGAUACUGGAGCAUACACAUACUGGAUCCCCACUGGAAAUUCUACGGCCCAAGCCCUGGAUCAUGUCCAGGAGCUGCGCGACAGCCGAUGGCUGUCGGCCGCCGCCGAAUCGCUGACGCUACAGUACGCGAUGUAUUGUGGGCAGAUUGGCUGGUUUGCGCUUGUCCAGAUUGACUUCUGGAUGGAUCGGGUGGGUGCAUUCACUGCAGUCGUUUCAGCGAAGGGCCUGCAGACAGAGGUCUGGAAUUCGGCCACGACGAUCUUGGCCGACUUGUGGUUCUGCUUGAACAUCGCAUGGCUCCUCGGAGGAGAGGUAUUCGGGCUCAGACAGGCGGCCGCGGAUGGGCAGAUAUUCGGGUACUUCGCCUUCCACCGUGUGAUCAAUUGGUCCCUCAUUUUUGGGGGUUCGGUCCUGAUCGUUUUCUACAUGUGGCUGUUCGUGCAGAUCGGCGACGUGGGGGGCGAACUGACAGGCCUCCUGGCUUCCGACACUGGUCUGACAGGCGAGGCAGCCAGUGAGCACUACGCGAAGCUGAACCGCGCCUACGACUCGAUGGACUCCCUGACCUCAGCGGUCCGCUGGAAUGAGAUGUCUUCGUUCUGGUACAGCAUGAUGAUGUUGGCGAAAAUCUUCCAGAACUUCAAGGCGAAUGCGAGACUGGCGGUCAUCACAAAGACUCUGGCCAAUGCCUCCGAGGACCUCUUCCACUUCAUGCUCAUCUUCUUGCUUGUCUUCUUCAACUUCAUCAUGGGCGCUCACUUUCUCUUUGGCCAGGCGCUAAAGGAAUGGUCCUCUGCCAUCCUCGCGUUCUGCAGCGGGUUUCGGGCCUUGAUGGGUGACUUUGAUUUCGCGGCGAUGUACUGGAUAGCUCCAUUCAAUGCGACAUCAUGGUUCGUAAUUUACAUGGGGUUUGUAUUUUUAGUAUUAGUCAACAUGUUUGUCGCUAUUGUUAUGGACGCGUACUCGACUGUCAAACAUGAGGCUGGCAAGACGGAGUCAAUCGUCAAUGUUGUAAAGAAAGCUGCGAUAAGGAAAUCGGCCUUCGUCAUGUCGAAGGUCUCAUUGCGCCACUCGUCUGAUGCGUUUGGCACGUUCAAGAGUAGUACGACGAACAGGACUGUGAUGGUGCAGGAGGCUUCCACCGGCGACCUCGAACAGAAGAUCAAAUCCCUGGAGGGAGGCGUUGAAAUGCUCGACAAGCUCCUCGGCCACCACAGGCGGAGAGGCGCUCCUGCCUCCACCCUCCUCCUCCCCAGAUUCCCAGCGUCGUGCUUGUCUGCCUUUUCCAGCCCUCCCUCUGGUCGGGAUCUCGUUUUGAAUAUAUUUUCGAGGAAAGUUGGCCAGCACAGCUCGUUCCAGCUUUUUGCUACGUUGAAGGCUUCCGUUUAACACUUCGAGAAACCUCGAG